CCCCACAGCCGGCUCUCUAUCUUCCCCACAGAGCAGUUACCCCACAGCUUGCACUUCUGCCGCCCUCUCCCGCCUUCCCGUCCAGCCAGCUGUUCCAGCUCAUCCCGCCAGCCCCUUUCCUUCCCCUCCCAUCCACAGAAUCACCCGCGCGCGGUCCCCGCAGCUCACCCUCGGGCCGACCUCCCUCCCCCGCCUGGGAAAAACCUGGCCGCUCCCCCCAUUCCCUUCUUCAGUAGCCGCCAGGGCUCCGGCUGUGCUCAGUGGCUGCUGCUCUCUCUGGUGCUGGCCGGCGGGCGGUGACGAUCUCUCUCUCCCACUAAAUUGGGAACCAGCUGGCAAAUACGGAUUAUGACCUAGUAGAACACCUAUUGCAUGUCUACGUAGAAAGUUUUACGAGCCGUGGAUUUGGGCAGGUUUUCACCUUUCUCUCGAAUGCUAACAGAUCUGAGAGCUGGAGUUUAUGGACUAGCUGUUUGGAGCCUCAGCGGGAAAAGCCUCUGGAGUCCUUUUUAUAAAACGAGUUCAUCUGCAAGAGAAAUGGAAAAAGUAAAGGCAGCAGAGCAACACACAUUAACACAAUGGGACAUAUAUUGCUGUUGUUGAUGCUUUCCAUUCCCGUAUUAUGUCUGACUGAUGGAGCCGCAACAGAACAAGAUUUCACCUGGCACUUGAAGAACGUACCCCAGAUUGUGAGUGAACGGACUUUCUCCCUUGACAGCCCUAAAUUUGAGGCAAAAGCCAAAUUAGAGCUGAGUAAUGUGUGUGGAAUUGAAUGCCAAAGGAGACUCCCAGUGCCAAGCUUGUCUGACCUGAAGGAGUUUCUGUCCUAUGAGACCGUUUUUGAGAAUGGCACACGGACCCUGACUCAUGUGAAUGUUCUAGGGCUAGCAGUUGACGCAGCCAACACCACCACCACAAGAACGUCCCCAAGAAGAAAGAGACAGAUAUAUGGCACAGACAGCAGAUUCAGUAUCUCUGACAAGCGGUUCAUGACCAACUUCCCUUUUAGCACAGCUGUGAAGAUUUCCACAGGCUGCAGUGGCAUUCUUAUUUCCCCCAUGCACGUUCUAACAGCUGCUCACUGUAUUCAUAAUGGCAAGGAUUACAUCAAGGGCAGCAAAAAGCUGAGGGUAGGAUUGCUGAAGAUGCGAUCUAAAGGUGAGGGCAAGAAACGCAGAGGUGCUCAAAGGGGUAAGAGAGAUGUUUCUGUGGCAAGAGAUCACAGUGAGCAUACCACAGAAUUGAAGCAGAGAUCCAAAGGUCGUGGCAGAAAACAAAAGGCAACAGAGAGGAGUCGGAAAACCUCUGAUAGUAAACCUUCCUUCCAGUGGACCAGAGUAAAGAGUACCCAGAUCCCAAAAGGCUGGUUUGAAGGCGUAACUGGGGAUGUUUCCCUGGAUUAUGAUUAUGCUGUUCUUGAGCUCAAGCGCCCUCACAAAAAGAAAUAUAUGGAGCUGGGAAUCAGCCCAACAAUCAGAAAGAUGCCUGGUAGCAUGAUCCACUUCUCAGGUUUUGAUGAUGAUCGAUCUGGGCAGUUAGUCUAUCGAUUUUGUAGCGUGUCUGAUGAAUCCAGUGAUCUCUUCUACCAGUACUGUGAUGCUGAGUCUGGGUCUAUUGGAUCUGGAGUCUAUCUCCGCCUUAAAGAGCCAAACAAGAAGAAAUGGAAACGCAAAAUCAUUGCUGUUUAUUCAGGUCAUCAGUGGAUGGAUGUAAAUGGUAUGCAGCAGGAUUAUAAUGUAGCGGUACGAAUUACUCCUCUCAAGUAUGCCCAGAUUUGUUUCUGGAUACAUGGGAAUGAUGAGAAUUGUACACAAGGCUGAUAAAAGCUGAAACUAGAUCAUCUAGCACCUAUAAUAUAAUAAAGUAAAAACUUGCCCUAAUAAUUAUUGGAAAAGCAUCACCCCGUAUCAGGAAUUAUUUGAACUUGAAGCCUGCAAAUAUUUUGAUGUAUUGAGUAUUGCUACUCUUAGAGGGUUAGAAUUUUCAAAUACAUUUUUAAAUUAUAUAAUAAUCAACACAUGACAUGCAUUUAUAAUCCAAAACUCUAUUUAUGUUUAAAAUUCUGAUAAAUUCAAAUUGUUCUCAUUAGAAAAAUUGUGACUUCACUUGUUUAAAUUUUUAAAGGGAAGUAUUGAAACUGCUCAAACUGAUACUAUUAAACAAUGUGUGGGUUUUUUUAAAAAUACAUUUUCCUUGAUUUUCUCAGGGUUCUGCUCCAACAAGCAUCUUCUAGUAUGCAAGUAGCACAUAUCUUAUAUAAUAGCAUGUGCAGAACGAUACAAAUUGUGAAACAUUUGAGUAAACUAACCUUAAUUAGUUUGGACUUACCCCAAAGAGCGUAUGUGCACUCUGAGGGCAUGUCUACACUUACCGUGGAUCGACGCUGUGGUGAUUGAUCCACCGGGGGUCAGUUUAGUGGGUCUAGCUAAAUUGACCACAGAGUUCUCUCCCAUUGAUGACGGGACUUACCUUAUGCUUCUCAUGCCAGUGAAGUCGAUGGGAAAACUUUUCCUUGAACCCAGCGUGGUGUAGACACCGCAAUAAGUUGACCUAAGCUAUGUCGACUCCAGCUAUGUUAUUCUUGUAGCUGGAGUUGCGUAACUUAGGUCGACUUAACCCUGUAGUAUAGACCUGCUCUGGGAGGUGAUUAUCUAGUUCAUACUUGCGAGCUUGGAAAACUUUUUUGGGUGCCUUACAAACUCUUCCAUGGAAAUUCUAAAUCGCUGUAGCUGAUAAUGAGUCCUAAAAACAAUGAAUUUCAUUUCACUGCAUUCUAAAAUAGCAAAGAGUUUAAUGAAUGUAGCAGUUCUGUUUGGAAUAAGGAAGAACCAUAUGGGUUUAAUUUAAUGCCUUUAAGUCUAGUUUGAGAAGGUAUGCAAAGCUGGAGAAUAUGAAACAUGUGCAUUUUAAUAUUUGGAGACAAGUAGGUUUAAUGAAUAAUACAAUAUUCAACCUUUCCACCAGGUGAAGUAUUCUGUAGUUGUCUUUAUCAGGAAGUGGCUAUGUGACAACAGUUUAAAGCUUCAAGAAAAGAUUUUUGGGUGCUAAACAUUUUAACAGCUUUUGUAACUACUUUCAUAAGAGUUCAGCUGUCAUAGAUAGGCUACAGUAUAUCAGCCUGGGAGUUGGAAUGCAAUGCUCUUUUUCAUACAAUUCUAGAAGCUGGAUAGUUCUAAUCCCAUCAUAUUCAGACCUCAUCAACAUGAGUUACAGGGAGAGAAGAUAAUCCUCCCAUGCUAAAUCAUGUUAUGCCACCUAAUGAAAUGGUAGGUGAGUUAUCCUGUAAAUGCAAUAGGUAUCUUAUUAGGUAGCAAUACUGCUAAUCAGAUAAAUUUGGCUCAUUUCUGCUACUGGACCAUACAGUUAAUACAGAGGGUAUUUCUAUGAAGUGAGCCUGAUUGUUUAACAUUUGUAUACAAGUAUCACUAAUUUUUUUGUUAUCAGUUGUUCUCGAUUGCUUUGCAUAUAAUCUAAUCCUGUGCGUUUCAAAGUCUUAGUGUAACAAACAAGACUGUCAGGAUGCUAAUUUAAUCUAAUAAUGUAAAAUUUAAAUGCAUAUUUCAGGCUAUAUGCAUUUGUUUAUUACUGUUAAAGUUAUUCAAUAUUUCAGUAUUUAAUUUGCUGUGAUGAUUAGCUUGCAUCAAUCAAAAUUCAUUUUCUUUACCAGUCUAGAAGAAAAUAAACAAGAUUUUUUUUUAGA